AUGAGCAGCGCUAGCGAAGAGGUCGAGGUUCGUGUGUUGUUCUUUGGAAAGGCUCGCGAAAUUAUGGAAUGUGAAGAGACAAAAACACAUUUGCCGCGUGUUUUGUCGUAUGCAAUGUUAGAAGAGCUCAUAUUCAUCAAGUUUUUCAGUGCUCUAGACUGCAUUUCGAAAUCGUGUGUGUUGGCUGUCGAUCUAAAGUAUGUUAACAAAGACGAAGUAGUGAAAUUGAAUCCUUCCAGCGAGAUUGCUGUUAUUCCGCCGCUAAGCGGUGGAUAG